AUGGCAAUAGCUCUGACGACCACCAUCAUCUUCUCUGCCAUAAUCAUCAUGCUCUUUUCCUCAGCCACCACUACUCAGACCAACAACGACAUUGGUGGCAAGCCCGAGAGGACCCAUUUCAUUGUUGAAGCAUGCAAAAAUGCUUCAAUCAACUCCUCUGAAUACAAUCACAUCACAGAAGAAUUCUGCGUCUCAACCCUCCGGCAGGACAAGCAGAGUGAUGAGGCAAAGGACCUUCGUGACCUGGUCCUCAUUGGUGUAGACAUUCUCAAGGGACAUAUCAUUGCUGCAAGUGGCAAGGUCAAAGAAAUGUUGCACAAUGCCAAGAAUGGCACAUCAAUAGCACACCUCCUUCGUUUGUGCGAGCUGCACUAUGACGCCGCAGUGACCAUCCUCAACAUCUCCAACACCAUGCUCAAGGACAACCACGGGCCCAAAGGUGGUGAAAAAUAUGGACCCCCGUCCUAUUAUUUACCCGACUGUGUGGGUAUGGCAUCCAGCCUUGUCGACUACUGUGGGCAUGAGCUUGUUGAUAUGCCUGGGCAGGAGGCGUUGUACAAACAAAAUAUUGAGCUUGGCGAUCUGGGUAGCCUCAACGUUGCCUUGGUGGCGCCAUAUUGGGAUUUAACCCAAAAUUAG